AUGCCUGCUACAUUGAAACCAAAUACAAAAGCUUACACCUUGAACAACGGAAUUAAAAUCCCUGCUGUUGGAUUGGGUACAUGGAGAUCUGUUGAUAACAAUGAAGGAUACAAAUCUGUUGAUUUCGCGUUGAAACAUGGCUACAGGCACAUUGACGAUGCAAAAUUAUAUGAGAAUGAAGAACAAGUAGGUAAAGCCAUUAACGAUUCAGGAAUUCCAAGAAAAGAAUUGUUUGUUACUACAAAAUUGUGGAACACCGACCAUAAAAAUGUUGAAGCAGCUUUGGAUGAAUCUUUGAAAAGACUAGGCCUCGAUUACAUCGACCUUUACUUAAUUCAUUGGCCUCAAAACACUGAUAAGGAGGUGGGUGAUCCUUCAAAAUAUGAGGAUUAUGUUGAAACUUGGAAGCUGUUGCAAAAGAUCUACAAAGAAGGUAAAAAGGUUAGAGCUAUUGGGGUUGCUAAUUUUACCAUCAACAAGUUGGAAAAGUUGUUGAAUGCUGAUGGCGUUGAUGUGGUACCGGCUAUAAACCAAGUCGAGACCCACCCAUUGCUCAACCAUGAAAAAUUGAUAGCCUACUUGAAGAGCAAAAACAUCUACUUGACUGCUUAUUCUCCUUUUGGAUCCGAUAAAGCACCUGUUUUGGAGAACAGAGUUGUCAAAGAGAUUGCUCAAAGGAACGGUGUUGAUCCAGCUCAAGUUUUGGUUUCGUGGGCCGUUCAAAGAGACACAAUUGUUAUACCAAAGUCGGUCAACGAGAAGAGAAUUCUUUCAAAUUUUGAGACAUUUACAUUGCCAAAGGAAGAUUUUGAUGCUUUGAACGAGUUGGAAGCAAAGGAAGGAACAAAGAGAUACAACGACACCCCUUUCAACAAUUUUGAUGAGUAG